CGGCCAUGGCAUUCCGAUUGGUGUUGACUCCUUAUCCCCCAACGGAAACGAGUUAAAUGGUGAUGAUGGUUCUUAUUUGAGUUCCGGUAUUAGCAAUGGUAAUAACAUGGUGUAUCCUCCACCGCACAUGCAAGGACAAGUUGAGUAUCAAGGCGGAUACAUGGGUGGAAGUACUCCUGAUAUGAACAUGAACUCUGGAAUGGGUCUAAUUAAUGGCAACUCCAAUAGCAGUGUCAAUGUUAGUAAUGGUGCUCCUUCGAGAACUGUGUACUUGGGAAAUAUACCUAAUGACAUUGAGCCUCGUGAGUUAUUGGACUACGUCAGAUCAGGGAUUUUGGAGCUGGUGAAGAUUUUGCCCAAUAAAAAUUGUGCUUUCAUAUCGUUUGUUGACCACCAAAGUGCUUUGUUAUUUCACUCCGAUUGUAUUUUGAAGAAGUUGAGCAUCAAAGGUCAUGAUAUUAAGAUUGGUUGGGGUAAGAAUACCCCGAUUUUGCCUGCAGUGUUGGAAAGCAUACAAAGAGACGGUGCCACCAGAAACGUCUAUUUGGGUAAUUUGAGUAACCCAAUCACAGGAGAAAUGAUUACCGAAGAAGAAUUAAGAGCAGACUUGGCCAUCUAUGGAGUCAUUGAUAGUAUCAAGAUAAUAGCUGACAAAGGAAUUGCCUUUAUCCAUUUCUUAUCGAUUUUGUCGGCCAUAAGAUGUGUGGCGAACUUACCAUUAAAGGAAAAGUAUUUGGAAAAGAAAUGCUUCUAUGGUAAAGAUAGAUGUGCUUUCAUCACCAAGACUCAGCAACAUAAUGCGGCCCAAUACUUAGGUUUGGCCCCAGGGAUGGAACACAUUGUAACGGCUGCUGACAGGGAGUUUAUAUCUUCUGCAUUAGUUCAACAAUCUGCUGCUGCUGCUCAGAUUGCCACUCAUGCUGGUGGAGCCAAUAAUUUGGGUAACAGAACCGUUUACCUCGGAAACUUACACCAAGAGUCUUCCAUUGAAGAAGUUUGUAAUGUUGUCAGAGGUGGGUUGUUACAGAGUAUCCGGUACUUGAAGGAACGCCAUGUUUGUUUUAUUACCUUUAUUGAUCCAAUUGCGGCUGCCCAGUUUUUUGCCAUGUGCCAAUUACAUGGAUUAACAAUCCAUAAUAGAAGAAUUAAAGUUGGUUGGGGAAAACACUCUGGACCAUUAUCAAAUGCGUUAAGCUUGGCAGUAUCUAAUGGUGCUAGUAGAAACAUUUAUGUUGGUAACAUUAUUGACUUCCAUUACUACAACCAAGAAAAGUUGAGGACUGAUUUCUCGAAAUUUGGUGAUAUUGAACAAAUCAACUAUUUGGAAGAGAAGAACUGUGCUUUCAUUAACUUCGUCAACAUUUCAAACGCUAUAAAAGCUAUCGAUGGAAUAAAGUCUUUUGAUGAUUAUAAGAGCUUGAAAAUCAACUUCGGUAAAGACAGAUGUGGAAACCUUCCAAGACAAUUCCAACAGUCGAACAUGCAAUUCAACCAGUUGAGUCAAUUGCAAUUGAAUUUGAACGAACAGUACUUGGAGCAAAGUAAGCGUAAAAGUCAAAGUAACAGUUUGAGUUCCAAGAUGACACCACCAUCGACUUCCGAGUCACACUCAAGACCUGCCAACACCCCCAGUCCAAGCCCUCUUCCUCGGUCAGUAAGCAACCAUGAUGAUUAAGAGAGUAAUGGUUUACGAUUAUCACAGACAGAAGUAUUAAUAAAACAGAACAAUCCAGUUGUCAAAGUGCAGCGGAUACAUACGAUUAUUGCAUAAAUUGUAAACUAAAAUAUAUAUUUCGUGAUAGUUUUCUUACAUUUUGGGUAGAAUGUUGAUGAUAAUUGACAUGAUUAAAAAUAAUACCACCACCGCAGCCAUGGUCUUUAUCAAAAACCAAAACGAGAUCUUUCCUCCAGACUUGUUUAAAACAUAACUGGUGAGAUUGCUACCCACAGUGUUCAUCAAACUAUCGUUCUUCAUCAUAUUGUCUUGAGUCCUAGAAAGCAAUACAUUGUCAUCCAUUAUUUUUUUUGACAAUCUGAUAGCACCAUCUUUCAUAUCAGACACCAUAUCCGAAAGAUCAUGGAUCAAGUCUUGCUGUAGGGUCUCAUGGUAGUCGUUCGUCAAACUCGACCUGUUAUUUUCAAGAAGCCUUUUACGAAGUUCAUUAACAUCGUUAUUCCUUACACCUGUACUAUAAGUUGAAGGGCUAAGGUUUGACCUGGGGUCAGAAUGGUCAUCAAUAACAACUUGUGAUGGAUGUGUAGCUGCUAUACUUUGCCGUUUCAUUUGCGCCAACUUCUUGGUGUUCUUAUGCUUUAAAGUAUCGAGAUUAUGUAUCAAUUCUAUUAGCUUGUCAUUAAUAGUAUCAUAAAGCUUGUUGCUUUUAUACUUGUUCAAGUUCAACUUUAUUGGUAUCAAGUCAUUGGAUAUCUUAUCUAGCAUGAGCUUUACCAAAACAGGGUUGUUGGGAGUCGACGAGACUUCUAGAAGAUACUCAUCGACGAUGUGUUCCAUAGACCGGAUCAUUGAGGAAUACAAACUUGUACACAAAAAUGCGGUGAGGUUUGUGUAGUGCACCAGAAUAAAGAGAUGAUAGAGUUGAAAAAUAGGUAUAAAAAACGACGUACACUUUACACUCGGUAAGAGUUGAUCUUCAUAAACAUCUAACUGAAUGCGUGUAAUGAAUUCUUUCUAAGCCAAGAGAGGAAUGAUACUAAUUACGUGAAUUGAUACGGUUUACUUGGAAAUGACAUGUCUGCCUAACUACUAUCAAACAACGAUCUAUCAAGUUCUAAUCGUGGUUAGCGAAAAAGGCAAUAUAUUUCUUGAAAAACCCUACCAGUUGAACCAUUCACAAGCACAAAGCUUCUUGGUCCAGAGUUUGGUAAAGUUGUCCUUAAUGAAAACUUUUCACCAUCACUCACGAAAAUAUAUUGCAGGCGAGCGUGUAAAGACCUUGAAGAUUUCAAUUUGAUAUAAUUAAUGGCUAGUCCUGAAAUAGCCUUCAUUUUGACAGAAUUAUCCAAGUGACUAUGUAAUCCCGUUUUCAAGCACCCUUAAUUCAUAAUUAAAUCAAAUAUAUUAAAGAUGUGCAUUUCAAUUUCUCUACGUUAAAAAUCUUCAGAAA